AUUAAAUAAGAAUCUAUCACAAAAUAGAAGAAUACGUAACGAAAAAAACAGGAGUGUGAAAAUCUCUACCUAUUUGUUUUCUUGGCGACCGAACUAUUCUAUGCAGUACACAGAAAUGGAACACAGCACUGUGGUUUUUGUUCAGGUUUUAGAAGUGGGGAACACAACAGAAAAUGGUGGAACUGGAGCCACUAAUUAACUAUGCUUACUCACGCACAGUCCUUUAAUCUGUCGUAUUAGUAUGAAAACCUCAUGAUUCAGAUUACUAAUCACAGCAUGAAACCUGUCCUGCUUUGCUUCUUAUAAAGCCAGGGGCCCUCCACAGCACAAAACAUCGAUGAUCAAAUGGAAAAGCCAAUGUUGAACUUGGUUAUAGUAAUAUGUUACCUUUGUAGCAGCAAACUUGUACUGUCCGGUCAUGCUAUCGAAUCGCCUCCCUACAGGGUGGUGCACUCUGAAUCGGAGUUCGAGCUCAGACUCUACAAAGAAUCCUCAUGGAUGUCUGCUCUCGUCCAAGACACAACCUCUUUCGAAAAAGCCACCAAAGACGGAUUUCACAGGCUGUAUCAAUACAUCCAUGGUGCUAACCUCAACUCUUCAGAAAUUAGCAUCACGGCUCCUGUCUUAACAAGCAUUGUGCCGUCAGUGCACGGGCCGGCAGAAUACUACGUGAAGUUGUAUCUGCCUGCCAAAUAUGAAAGAACACCUCCACAGCCCUUGGUCGAACUGAAUUUGCAGUUGGAUAAUUGGAGAAGCCAUUGCAUAGCAGUCAGAAAGUUUCCAGGGUUUGCCAAAGAUGACCGUUUUUCCAAAGAAUUUGAAACUCUUGUGAACAGCCUAAAUAAGCACUUAAUUGGAAAGCCAGCGAUUCUGGAAGCUGAGAGUCCUUAUGCCAUUGCUCAGUACAAUGCUUCGUAUCACCUUUCUGGGCGCCUAAACGAAGUGUGGAUGGAUCUUUCAGGAAUCACUGCUGAUUGCUGAGACAUCUGCAUAUUGAUAAUAACAUGGCUAAAUUGUAUGAUUAGUCCCCGAGUUUUACUAAGAGUUUCAUUUUCUUAUAGUUCUUUUGUCCAACCCGUCAAAUAAAGCAAAACUCCUUUCAAGUUGGGGGUUCUUCAAAUGAGAAGAAAGUUUACUUAGCUGACGGAUUGGAUUAAAGUGAAAACAAACAAAACUACAAGAAC